ACCUGGAGGUCCAGCUGGCGGCCAUGAGGCAGAAGGCUCUGGACGCUCUGCCGGGGAGCGGCUGGAGCCCGCUGGAGAUGGGCCAGGGUCUCCCUCCAGAGAGGGCGGAUGUUGUGAUCGUGGGGGGGGGCGUGAUCGGCUGGUCCAUCGCCUACUGGAUCAAACGGAAGGAGAGGGGGCGAGGAGGAGUGAAGGUGGUGGUGGUGGAGAAGGACCCAACGUAUUCGCAGUCCUCCACGGUGCUUUCUGCAGGAGGCAUCCGACAGCAGUUCUCUCUGCCCGAGAACAUCCACCUCUCCAUGGCCUCCGCUCAGUUCAUGAAGAACAUCAAUGAACAUCUCCACGUGUUGAAUGAAGACCCGGUGGACCUCCAGUUCAACCACUCAGGAUACCUCUUCCUGGCCAACGAGGAAGUGGCUCACAUCAUGGAGGAGAACUACAAAACCCAGAGGAGCUUCGGAGCCCAUGUUUCUCUUCUCUCUGCGACUCAGUUAAAGGAGAAGUUUCCGUGGAUAAACACAGACGGUGUCGCGCUCGCUUCAUACG